GUGCUCACUUGUGCUGCCAUCUCGCCUUCUCUCGGCUCUGUCCUUCCAUCAGUUGUUUGUAUGUGUUGGUUGCAGGAGGACAGAGCAUCUGUGACCUCGCAUUGCUUUACACUUGUGUCUUCAAGGACACGUUCUUCGCAGUACUCAUUGAACUCAAGGAAAGUGUUGUAUUAGCGACAGUUUUCGUGUGGCUCAGUGAGGAGUGCUAGAAACAGGCAUGAGAGAUCUGAGUAUGGCCUCGCCUGGACGCAGCUUUCACAGUGGGAUAAUUGUGAGGGUUUGAAAUGCUUGUCUGGCCUGCCUCCUUGUUAAUACCCCACUUCGUGACCAAUCCUUGUGAGUUUUUUGUAAACAGAUAAUUCAUUUAUGGGCUUCCAUCUCAUUCUGUGAUGCUACUCGACUCUGCACUACCCAAGUUUUGAUUCCAAGGGACGAAAGUCUUUACCUGCGUGUCUUACCAUUUACCUCCACACACGUUAACUGCAAGACUACCAACAAGCCAACGACACACUACGUAAUAAGUGGAGUCGCACACCCUGGUGGCAGUAUUAUGUGUAGUCCCUUAAGCCCAGAACCCCAAGAUUAACCUAAGAUGCAAACGACCCGUUACUAGGCCAGCCAUUCUAACCUUUACUACUUACCACCUCCCAAACCAGCCUACUCUGUGCUCCUGCCUCCAUCACCUCCCCUUCUCCUUCACACUAUCCAGGCAAGGCUGAAAGGCAAGUGUCUCCCCAAGAACCUCAAAAAUUCUCAUCAGAUGCAGACACCUGCCCUCUAAGACAGCCAGCCAGCCCUGUGUCCUUCCUCCCACCACCUCCCCACCACCCAGUGCAGGCAGAGUGGCCAUAGUGUCUCCUCAUUCCAAUGUGUCUCCUAACAACACCAAUUCGGAUGAUGAGAUGAGCAUGAUGUCUGAUGGCGGGGGGCAGGGAGGAGGCGAGUCAAGCAAACCCUAUGACUACUUGCUGAAGUUCCUGUUGGUGGGCGACAGUGAUGUUGGAAAGCACGAGAUCCUCCAGCCGCUUGAGGACGGCUCCACUGAGUCUCCGUUCUGUGUGGGCAGCGGUCACAAGACCACCACAAUCCUUCUGGAUGGUAAGAGGGUCAAACUCCAGCUCUGGGACACCUCAGGUCAAGGCCGGUUCUGCACCAUCAUCCGGUCAUACUCGCGAGGUGCUCAGGGAAUACUGCUGGUCUAUGACAUCACCAACAAGUGGUCCUUUGAAGGCCUUGACCGAUGGAUGAAGGAGAUUCAAGAGCAUGCUCCUGGUGUUCCUAAAGUGCUGAUAGGCAACAGACUCCACCUGGCAUUCAAGCGUCAGGUGAGCCAGAGUCAGGCAGAGCAAUAUGCUGCCAAGAAUCAUGUCAACCUCUUUGAAGUGAGUCCACUGUGUGACUUCAACAUUGUGGAAAGCUUCACAGAACUUUCCAGAUUAGCACUGAAGCGCAAUGGCAUGGAGAGGCUGUGGAGGGCAAAUAAAGUGUUAACCCUUCAGGAGCUUUGCAGUCGUGCCAUUGUGGCCUCCACCACUGUGUAUGGCAUUGAGCAUCUUCCACUUCCUCAACCUUUGAAGUCACAUCUCAAAAGCUACACCAUCCACAACCACACCACACGACUAAGACAGGGAAUUCCAGUCACAGAUAAACAUAAAAAGAAGCACUUAAUGAUACCAGGUGACACUACCACCUCUUGUGUCAGUACUUCAACGUGCACUAUAUGCUAGUCAUGUCCACCACCCAUGAGUCGCCAUCACCUGCCACUACCCACUGACCUCUCUUGCACCAAAACAUGCCACUCCCCAGAACGGGAUAUUUUAUUGUUUAAAGAAGUGCCACUGUUGCAAUCCUUGCUCCAAAUCAAGACAAACCUGAGCUCUCCAAUACUAGUGAACCUCAAGUCAUCACAGAUGUGUGUUUGUAUCUUCACUGCUAACCUGGAGAGAACUGUGUAGUGGAGUCAUGGUACAACAUCACCUUCAAAGGUAUCUUAAUUUUUUAACGUCGUGAUUGAAAGUCAGUGAGUAAGCUGGAAAUUAUUCCAUUAUUGAUACUUUUGCACAUGUGAUGCAGCAGUGAUAAUUAACAGCAAGCAGUGUGAAGGAAGCCUCAGGGUGGUGUAUAUUUGUAUACAUAGAUAUAUAAACAAAACUGGAUAUUUCAGUUUGUGCUCUGUUAUAUACCAAUGGUCAUGUCAGCACUGGGGAAAUACUUGUUGAUGUGAUGAAGCAGUGAAUGGAUGAUUAAUUUUAGUUAUUUAUUGUAUUUAAGUGUAAAGAGUCCUGUACGGGGUUGUAAAAUAUGUAAUGUAAUACUUAGUAUAUCUUGUGCAGCAUUAGGUAUGAACCAGAUCUUUGUAUAUACAUACAUAAAUUCAUGCAUACAUACAUAUACACAUGUGAAUAAUAGCUUCUGAUUAUUUAAGGUGUUUAAGACAAAUAGAGAUAAAAAAGAUCCAUUACUAAUGACAGAUAGAGUCUUACCCAUGAUUUAAUUUUGGGAAUCUUAUUCAUGAUUUAAGUUUGGGGCUUGCAUUUGUAAGACCAAGGCAGGUAAACAGAAUGGUGGUUUAGGCUCCUGCAUGUAGAACAAAUAUAUUGCAUUACCUUGAAGUUCUAGCACGUGAAUCACUUGUCACUCCUACGUCUCUCAAUACCCUUCCACAGUGCAGCAGAUCACCCCCUGAAGAAGCUAGCCAUUUGAUCCUAUGAUGAAUAAUUUCAAAUUAUUGAAAAAAGGAAGUCUUUCACGUAAUAUUAAGGCACUUAAUAUGUUACAAAAACCUGUAUGUCAGUAUUGAGCUUUUAUUGUAAAAAUAGGAAAAAUUAAUUAAUUUUUUUUGCUUUCCUUCAUGCAGUGCAAAAUCAUCACUACUUCCACCCAAGGAUAAGCUCAUUGGAAUUAUCAUUAUAGGCAUAGAAGUUGCAGCUAUAAUGAUAAAAAGUAACAUGUUACUCCAACCUAUAAUUUAACAUCCAUAGGUUUUCUGAUCCCUGCCAUUUGGCUUCAACCAAAGUCAUGCUUACCUUGACCAACCAACUCAUUUUUUAAAACUUGCACUCCAUUUCUGGAGCUGAACACAUUUCAAGAACCUUCUGUCAUCUGAAGUCACACACACCUGAACCUUGCUUUGACUUCAUGACUGAAAUGACUUGAGUAUGAGGCUGAAGUGAUGGGGGUUGGAAAACACAGGAUUAGAUAAUAUUGUGGUCUUGAUUAAAAAAAAAUGCAUUGGGUUAGUUCUCAAUGAAGGAGACGACAUGUGCUUAGGAUUCCUGCAAAGUGAUGGACAGUGAGGGUUGGUGGUGAUCCAAGUUGAGUUUUAAGGAUGGUAGUAAGGAUGAGAUGGAAACAUGAAUUGAGUGAUUUUUGUUUUGACCAUUACGUAUGCUUCAUAUGUAUCAUAACACAAGUGUUUAUGUUUCUGUUACAAGUAUGAAUGUCUGUUGCUGAUAUUCUUAUGUUGGUAUUACAUAGUACAAUAAAUUCAACAUUGAAAGUCAUAAAUAAUUAAGGAGUUGCAGUUUUAGCAAUAAUGUGAUGUAAAUAUGUAAAUGUGCUUACAAUACCAAUAACUACCUUCAGUAAUUGCUUAACACACACAGACACACACACACACACACACACACACACACACACACACACACACACACACACACACACACACACACACACACACACACACACACACACACACACACACACACACACACACACACAAAUGGUGCCAGAGUUGGAAAAUCUAGUUUAUGGAGAAUUAGAAGAAAUUGACUCAGAGAGAGAGAGAGAGAGAGAGAGAGAGAGAGAGAAACUUGAUUGGAAGAAAUUAACUCGUUCAUAAUAUGGGGCUGAAACAUAGGACUUGGGAUUAGGAGCAAAGAGAAGAUCAGUGGUGAUGGAAAUGAUGUGUGGGAAACAUGUCAAGUAACACAUAUGGAUAGAGUGAGCAAUAGGGAAGUGGGAAAGAAAAUUGUUGUUAGAAGAGAGCUGGCUGAGUUAUGGUUAGGGCAUGUAGAGAGGAUAAAAGAAAAGAACUGGAUCAGCUACAGGAGAUGUAAGAGACAGACUUCAAAGGGAAUGGUUAGACAAUGUGAAGAGAGUUUUAGAUGCAGGAUAUGUGUCUGUGAAGCAAGAAAGAGUGGUAGUGCAUGAUGGGGAUGAAUGAAGAGCCACCUUGAAUAUACAGUGUUCCUCUGCCUAUUCCUGGCUUGGCAUUCAUGGGCUCACUUAUCCUCAGAUUAUUAUUAUUUUAUUUAUUUAUUUAUUUAUUUUUUUAAGGUAGAACUCCAACGUAACAGCUUAAUUUGAGAAGGCAAGUCACCCCCAGGACUCGCAAUGGUUUAAACUAACCUCAAAUCACAAAAUGAUAAGCACAGUAAUAUUAAAGGCAAGCUUCACUGAAUUCAUUGUGGCAGACUCAGCAAAGAAACACACAGGUGGUGAACUGCUGGAGCAAUCAGCUAACCUCCUUCUUUCUCUUCUUGUGACCACAACUUGUUCAUCUCUAGAGAAAAUAACAAACAUGCUGGUGGUCGAGAUUUCAAGGAAUAUUCCACCAAGUUUCCUAUGAAAUGUUGCUGACUUUGAAUCGUGGCACAGAAUUCUUGAAAAACUCUUGUGUGAUUGUGCCUUUAUUUUCUCUUGAGGUCAGCAAGUUGCAGUCAUAAGAAGAGGAAGAAGAUGAUCAACUGGUUGCUCCAGUAGUUUGUCACUUGUAUGUGUUCCUCUGCUGACUGCCACAAUGAGUCCAAUGGAGCUUGCCUUUGUCUUGGGCUUAAUAAGUAUUUUAUGGUCUAAACUAUAAACAUAAGUAUUUCUGAGCCUUGUCGGGGUUGGGUCCAUAGGAGGCUUGGAACGUAACUCCUAUGAAUAACAGGGGAAUACUGUAUAAAUGGAACAAGGCCUCAAUAACCUCUAAGAAUCUUCCCCACAUCUGAUCCCAUUAGCAAGAAAGGGGGAAGGAUUUUUUUUUGGGGGGGUCACUGGCCAAGGGUAACAAAACUAAUAAAAAAAGGCCUACUGAGGUGCAGCAGAAGUAAAUUCAUUCUGCUGUAAGGUCCUGAUGUGGGAAAGAUCACAAUAGGUUGCACAACUGACCCAUGCAUUGUGGUCUGUGAGGAGCAGUUGUUUCACCUCUGUAAGGAAUGUUUGCAAUUGUGUGUGUGUAGCAGGAGGAUGCACCUUGUCUCAACAAUCCCCUUUGUAUGUCUGUUUGUCUGGUAUAUAAGUAAAUAGUCAGUUGUAAAGAUAAAGAGAAGGUAGAUAUUUGAGAAAGGGAGGAUGUUCAAAUAGCAAAAAACUAGUUUCCUCCUUACAACUUUACAUAUCCAGAAUGGUGUACAAGAGGAUGAUGGGGAGGAGUACACAGUGACUGAAGAUGGUAUUGAAGAAAUAUAUGGAGGCAGGACCACAUGCACAUAGCUUAUGUAUACACACACACACACACACAUGUAUACACCUAAAUACAUGUAUACACACACACACACACACACACACACACACACACACACACACACACACACACACACACACACACACAGAGAGAGACUUCAUGGCAAGGCAGGCUUCCAAGAAGUCACAGAAGGCAGUGCUGGGACUAAUAGUUAAGGAGUUGCAUCACCCCAGUCACUGCACAGGCACAGCCAUUGAGGACAUAAUCUGGAAAAAAAAACACUGAAAUUCCAUGAUUAAAUUUUUAUAAAUUUGUUAAGGUUUUACUGUUAAUAUUAUUUUUUCAUUUAUUUAUUUAUUUUAUCUCUUUUUUUUAUGUGGAAGAUUUAAAGUAUAUCUAAAUUUCAUUACAAGUCACUUACUUGUCCCAAAGGCUUGUGGCCUGAAAUGAUUGUUUUCCGUCCUGCUUGGGUUACUGCAAGUGGUCAGAUAGUAUUUUAAGUGCUUUUGGAAGUUGAUACGGUUGCAGAGCCAGUUUCAUCACUCAUGAUGUGUAUUGCUAUAGUGUACAUAAAAUAGCACAUUAUCACUGAAUACUUUUUAAUGAAGAUGUUGAUAACAUUUAUUUCUGUUAAAACAUUGUGAAAAUGACAGUGGUCUGAAAUGACCUUGCAGGUUCUGAAUUAUUGUUCUCAGCACUAGUUUUUCUUGACAGGUUUAUGUUACCCAAAGUAUAGAUUGUUCAGUUUGCAAUAACUUAAGAAAACAUUGCCUUGUGCCUGUAAUUGAGAAGUGCAGUAAUAUCACUUGAAUUAUACCUCUCCACUGUUAGAUAAACCUUUGCAUUUACUCCUGAUAGACCAAUUCUUGAUCUGUCUUGUGUUGAGUACUUGGAUACAAGUCAAUCUUUCCUCAUUUGUAAAAAGUUGUAAUUAUCAUGCAGGUUGGUUUAAUUUUAAGAACAGAUUUGCUAACUAUUGAAUUAAUCCAAGGAAAUUACAGGAAAUUAGUUAUUUAUUUUGAUAUACAUUAAGAUUUGUAUGGAGCCAAAGAUAUAUGGUAGAUUUCUGAGUAUCACCAUUUAAUUAGAAAUUGUUUAAUUCCUCAGUGUCAGCAAGACAUGCUGGAGUGUCAUUCACCUGCAGUGCAACUGUUUGGGAUCCAGAGUCACUUACAGGGGGAAUUAUGGCAAAAUACUUAAGAAUAUCUGGUUUUGAACAUUAGGUCUGCAGUCAGGUCCAUAGUUCCAAGUUCAAGUAUGACACCAAGUCUAGAAUUUACCUUAAGGUCUUGGAUAGGAGAGGAACAUACAAACUAAAUUUGUGUGUAACACCUGUUAUGGGAAAGAUAUAUCUGUACAAUGUAAUGAAAUUAAUUCAUGAAUUUCAUUGUUGAUGCAAUAUUGUUUAAUGUGUUCUACACAUGAUGGAUUAGUGUACUAAACCUACAAGAACAUUGGAACUUAAAACAUAACUGCACUGAGAUAAUUUGACAAUGAUACUAAUACAUAAUGUUAUUAAGCCAUGGAACUUUUGUUAGGCAAAGCAGGAAAUGAGAUGUAAGUAGACACUGUAAUGUAGGUGAAUGACUGCUUCCAAACUUAAUUUGUCCACACUUGAGAAUGUGCUCUAUAUUGUAGAGUAUGUUUUGAUUUAUUGAAGGUUGGUAUGCAAAAGUCUAAUGCUGAACAUUGUGACUUAAGAAGAAUGAUUUAUAAAUAAAUAGCAUGUAUUGAUCAGCAGUGAAAAAGUUUCAUACAAGAAAGAUGAGGAUGGCUGGUAUCAAGCACUGCACUGUAUAUCAAGACAUUCCAGCCUGCCUCAACACCACCACUUGUAUGUAUUUCUCAUCAGGUGUGGAGGAAGAUGACAUUGUGUAAUGCUUGUGAGUGAUCACAUGUUAGAAUUGAACAUGCCAUUCAACAUUGUCAGUUGUGGAUAAUGUAAACUAUCUUGAAAUAUGAUUAAGCACCAAUCAGUAAUCUUGGCAACAGAUUUUUUUAUAUUUAGAUCACUAAUUACAAAUGAACAGAAAUUAUCUUUUUCAUGUUUUGUAUUUCAUGUAAGGCUCAUAAAGUGGUUUAGAUAGUAAGAGGUAAAAGCUACUGAAAAACUAAUGUAUAAUUUUCAGAUGCAUAGUAUAUUUUUUCAUCUUUCAAUCAGUUUUGCAGUGUGUGCAAUAUUGGGGCAGCUCUUUGUCCAGUGUGUAGCUCUUCUUGUCAUCUGUGGGGGAUUUGUUACCCUCAGUAGGUAGGCAACAGAAAGCUGACAAUUACAUGGUAGGCUAUCAAUAUAUGCUGGAAGAAAUAGAGGAGGCUUUGAUUCCAAGUCACUAAGCACUUGAAGAUGACCAUUGUCUACUCUGGUAAUGUACAAACCAAUGCCUUCAACUCUCUAGGGUAGGAAAUUAUAAUUGCUGUGAUGUUUAAUCAGUUUAAUUGCUACUGUUAGUAUUUCUUUUACAGAGUAUUUCUGGCAUAAAGUUUUGUUACGUAUAUUAUGAUUAAGGUCUAUUUCUGUAGCUUGGAUAAAUAUGACACUAAAAAUUACAAAGAAUAUACUCAGUCAAACCUUUCUUUUAAACCUGCAGGAUAUUUUGACACCUGUUAUAUAGUAUCAUGUUUAUUAUGUGACAUUUGUUAACCUGCAACUUAUUUUUAUAACACUCGCAUUAGAUCUAUCGUGCUUAAUAUGUGAAAACUCAGUAGUCUAAUAAAUUUAAUGAAAUACA